CUUGGCGCCUCCUCAGUGCAGGAGCCGGAGCGGGCUCGCCCGGCUACAGCGGCUGCUCCUUAGGGCUGGAGCGAACCACUGCACGGACGAGCAGGAGGGGCAGCUAGCGGGGCGGACGGAACCAUUGUGGGGAGAGGGAGAAGCGAACGGGCCGGGGCGGACUGCUCCAUCGGGCGGCGGGUGUAGGGGUUCGGGCGGAACCACUGUUUUGGGGGGCCGGGGCGGAACCAUGCGGAGGUGCUGCUAGGGAAGGGGGGGCGGAUCCGCCAUGGCCUCGAACUGCGCGGGGGGCUCGUCGGCGGGGGGCGCCGGGGCGGCGCUGGGGGCCGCGCUCAGCGCCAGCAAGACCAAGACCAAGAAGAAACACUUCGUGUGUCAGAAGGUGAAGCUGUUCCGGGCCUCGGAGCCGCUGCUCAGCGUCCUCAUGUGGGGGGCCAACCACACGAUCAAUGAGCUAAGCAAUGUUCCUGUCCCUGUCAUGUUAAUGCCGGAUGACUUUAAAGCCUACAGUAAGAUUAAGGUGGACAAUCAUCUUUUCAAUAAGGAAAACUUGCCAAGCCGUUUUAAAUUUAAGGAGUACUGCCCAAUGGUGUUCCGAAACCUCCGCGAAAGAUUUGGGAUUGACGAUCAAGAUUAUCAGAACUCCGUAACACGAAGUGCCCCAGUGAACAGCGACAGCCAAGGUCGAUGCGGGGCCCGUUUCCUGACCACCUACGACAGGAGGUUUGUCAUUAAGGCAGUGUCGAGCGAAGACGUGGCAGAGAUGCACAACAUACUCAAGAAGUACCAUCAGUUUAUAGUGGAAUGCCAUGGGAACACCCUUCUCCCCCAGUUCCUAGGCAUGUACAGACUCACCGUGGACGGAGUGGAAACCUACAUGGUAGUCACCAGGAACGUAUUUAGUCACAGGUUGACUGUGCAUCGGAAGUAUGAUCUGAAGGGCUCAACGGUCUCCAGGGAAGCAAGCGACAAAGAAAAGGCCAAGGAUUUGCCAACGUUCAAAGACAACGACUUCUUGAACAAAGGCCAGAAGCUCCACGUUGGAGAAGAGAGUAAAAAGCACUUCCUUGAAAAGCUAAAGCGGGACGUGGAGUUUUUAGCUCAGCUGAAGAUCAUGGACUACAGCCUGCUAGUGGGCAUUCACGAUGUUGACCGGGCAGAGCAGGAAGAGAUGGAUGUGGAGGAUCGGGCCGAGGAUGAGGAGUCUGAGAAUGAUGGCAUUGGCGGGAACCCUAUUGGCUCUUACGGGACCCCACCUGACAGCCCCGGCAACCUCCUCAACUUCCCGCGGUUCUUCGGGCCUGGGGAGUUUGACCCUUCAGUUGACGUAUAUGCCAUGAAAAGCCAUGACAGUGCCCCUAAGAAGGAGGUGUAUUUCAUGGCCAUUAUAGACAUUCUUACGCCGUACGAUGCAAAGAAGAAAGCUGCACAUGCUGCCAAAACAGUAAAACAUGGGGCCGGGGCGGAGAUCUCCACGGUGAAUCCGGAGCAGUACUCUAAACGCUUCAAUGAAUUUAUGUCCAAUAUCCUGACAUAGUCACCUUCUAUCCUGAGCCAGAAAGGAAAAGAAGAGGGGCUACUUCCAAGCAGAGAACACGGCUUGUGACACUAAAACAGACACUGUAGCAGCACGUGGGGUAUGAGUGAGUGUGAGCGUGUGGCACUGUAUGAUUUACAGGAAACUAAUCUAGGUGCAUUCUCAAAUAUUCCACUUGACCCAGGUGGAAAAGUGGCUUUUUUCCUUUUGUUACAGAAAUGCCCAAAUAGAGAUUUGAGGCUUUUUUAAAAAAGAGAAUCUAAUUGCUGCAGCAAUGCUGUUCAUAAUGACAUUUUCUCUUCUCUGAUCACGAGACGCCAGUAAGGAUACCACGAACAGCUGUUUAAAAGGGGGAGCUCUAACCUGUAGCUUGUGUUAAAUAAGAGGAGAAGCAACACCUAAUUCCACAAACUGCUGUUCUUUUUAAUGGACAGCUUGUUUGUUUUUUAACAGAAAGCCGUACAAACCCUUUUAUUUCAUUCUUGGUAGGAGUCGGGGGGCAGGGAGUAGUCUGCCAUUUCAAGAAUGAAAAUAUGUUGAGGAGCUGCUGAACCUUAACUAGGUAAAUUCAAGCUGGGAAUAUUUUUUGGGGGGAGGGGGGUGUUAAAAAUUUAUUUUACUUAAAUUACCAUCAGAAGAAAAACAAGGGAAAUGAACAUCUACCAAAGCUGGUCACAUAAGGCAUAACUCAUAGAAGCUAAAAAGUAGUAUGAAAAAUACUGGAGAGCCACAGAACCAUCAUGCUUGGGAUAGGCAGCCUGGGAAGAUUUCCUUGAAGAAAAUCAUGUUAACUUAUUCUGCAGGUCUGGGGUUACAUUUGGCUUUCUAGAAAAAACAAUUGUUAAAUCUCCCUGCCUCUAAAAUAGAGCUGACGCGUGACAGUUCUGCCAGUGUUAAUCUAGCUAAUGUUCAGUCUUCCUAACUCGUCCAAGCCUGUUACAAGUACUUGAAUUGUUGCCUGAGAGAGGUUUAAAAAAACAAUCAAGUCAACAUGACGUGCAUCUUGAAAAAUGUAAAUUGCUGUCAGUUUGGAGUGUUCUUAGUUGUGACUGUAUCCCCAGUUCCACUGCUCAAGGACUCCGAAUUUGAGCCAUAAUUGUCUACGCUCUGCUCCAAGUCCAUAAAUCUAGCUGGUAGAGUGAGUCAGUGGGCAUAAAUGACUGAAUGCUUCCUCCAGAUAUUUUCCCCCUAAGGAAUUUGAACUGAUUUGCGUGAUUGAAUUAUGUCCUAUUUGUCUCCAGACCACUUGUAAUAUUUUUCACAGCCAAGCUUGUCGAACUUGCUGUAAGUUUAAUUAGUUCUGCUGCACAACAGUUAUGUCUGGGUUUUUUAAAGCAGGAUUUAGCUGUUUUGAAGAGAUACCUUGCAGUUGACAUAAGUUGCUUAUCUGCCUUGAAACUCUUUUCACAAAUGCCUUUGUUUCAGGAAUACGCUGUUAGAAUGUUUGUGUCCUGUGCUAUAAUCUGUGCUAGUUUGCUCUGUCAAUUUGGUCUUGUCUGAGAGAUAGGUGGUACUCAUCGUGUCCUGGUAACUAACUAGACUAAUGCUAGCUGUGAUUGGAUUCUGAAUGCAGGAUGACUUUUUUUUUUUUUAAUCCACGUUCCUGAUGUGAUUCCACAGCUCUCAGCACGGGGGAAUGACGGGGGAUUUGUCAAGACUGAAAAAUAGGCUGAGAAGAGUACAUUGUAAAUAUUGUUUAAAAAAGGUCUAAAACAAAUCAUUGAUUUUAAUGGGACACGAAACUUUUUGUUCAUUCGUGGGUCAUUCCCUUUGAUGGGGGACAAAUUUUUUAUGCCACUGUAAUCCAUUGUCUUGUCUUUGUGUAAAUUUGGGGAACUAACAUGCUAUUGUCUGACACCCUGGUAAGAUUCUCGCACAUCUUAGGGUGUCUGGCUCACAAUACCACAAAUCAAGUGCAGAUAAGAGAAAACAUAGAGGGAUACUGGUUGCUUUCCUCUAAACAAAAAAAUGCACUUAUGUCUGCUGUGAAAUAGGAAUUAAAUAUCGAUCGCCUUUUACUCUUGACAGUUUAAAAAGUCCUGAAUCUACAUUUUUGGCCUACUAAGUUUGCCACUCUCCUUGUGGGAAAUUAGAUGAAACUUUAGUGUGCUAGAGACUUAUAAAUAUAAAAAUUUUUUUUAAAUCAAAACAAGUAGUUCCUGCACCCAAUGUUACAAAACACAUGACACUAAGGAUUUAAGACCUUGUCAUUUAUUUUCCCACUCUAGAUAGGGAGCAAAGAAUCCUCUGUUAGACCCCAAUUGGUUGUCUCAAUGCCUUGAGUGGUAUAAAAGCCCUAAAAUAUCUAUUCACUUUAGCACUUACCCCAUUUUGCCAUUUUUGUUGCCAUACUGUGUGUGUGUGUGUGUGUGUGUGUGUGUGUGUGUGUAUAUAUAUAUAUAAAAAAAAAACUAAAUGCAAUUUUAUCAUUUAAAGAUGUAUUACCCAGGUAUAACUUUGUUUAACAUAAGCAGUUUGUAUAUUGUUUACAUUUUGAGAGGUAGCAUGUUAAAAAUGCUAAUUUUGUUUCUAGACAGUAUUUUUUUUUGUUACUAUAAGAGGUGAAGCUGCAAAUAUUUGAUUUGUUUUUAAAAGGGACUUUUGCUUUUGUUAUUAAUCUUGAUCUAGAAUACCUUUAUUCUCUUGAGUUCAAGUAUUUAACUCCCCUUCUCCCCCGCCCCUCCAUUAAUCCUGAUUUUUUUUUUAAACUGCCUGUAAUAACUUAAUCUAGUUUCAGUCUGACUUUGUGUUCCAGGUUGCUGAAUGUUGAUAUACUUCUGCCCAUAGCAUGUGCCCGCCAGCCAAAUGGCAGGAAAGUCUUUUUUCUAACAUGCUAUUUUUUUUUUUCUAGAGAAUACUGGGCAAAAAGGAAAAAAGCUAGGGUGGAGCUGGAAGAUAGUGGGGUGUGGGCUGAAAGGGAAAAUAUUCCCUAAUUCUAGGAAAAAUUAAUCAGGGCAGGAGCAUCUCUCUCUUGCUCGCUGCACUGGGCCUAAUCCUACCUGGCCAGUUUCUAGUUUCUUUUGCAUACAGACUGAUUGUCUGUCCUUGUCAUAUACCUACAAGAGUGGCAGCAGGGGAGGUUAUGGAACUCACUUGAAGCCAUGUGUAUGAUUCUGUUUCCUUCCUCACUAUCAAAUAAUUUUUUCUACUUAUCACUUAAUACAGUGCCUCUGACACCCUAGUUUUGUUUGUAGUUGCUUUAGCUAAUUAUGAAGCUCUAGGGGGGGUGGGAGUGUACUUAAAAAAGGUCAACUGGUGUUUGACUUAAUCCCAGAGGGGUCAAAUGGCCUUGGAAUUUUCAGCUGAAAAUACUGGAUAGGACCAAGGCUGUUAUGAAAAUAUUCAAGAUGUUGCUGUUUGUUUAAAUAGGGGAUGGCAUGCAAUUUUCUUUAUGUAAGACAAUGCACUUUUGAGGUGGAUACAGACUUUAUAGCAUGAUGAAGGGCCUGCUCUUCCACUUCCAGGAAAUCUAACUUGAUUUAAGUUUUACUGUCAGUCAAAAUUUAAAGUGUUUUUAAUAAUGAGGGGUGCUUGCUCUUUGCCCAUCUGGGCAAAGAAUGACUGCUUUUCCUGCCAGUGGCUAUCAGAACUGCCUUCAACUUCAAGUGUUCUAACCCCAGGUAGAGGCAUAAACUUGUAGUGUGACUAAUUAUAAAUCACCGAGCAAAAGACUUUCUCCAUAUUCUGGCCUAAACGUAUGAAGGACUCCCUAUCCUAUACUUACUGUGCAGAGAUGCCCCACUUGUUGCUGUAGAAAGGUUGGAGUGUUUUUAAAUUUGAGGUGGUAUAAACAAACAUUUCAAAGCUCGAGGUGUGUGCGCUGAAAUUCUGGUUGCACCAUCCUAUAACUAAUGAUUCAAAACAUUAUUUGUAACAAUAAUUUGAAAACAAAAUUGCAAUACCCUCCCCUCCUGCUUUCAAUGCACCAUUUCCAACUUGCCUACCAGCUCCUGUCCUCCUUAGAGAGCUUAUUUUCCAGCAUCCAUGAUAUUAGCCAUGACUGACUUUCCUUGAAAUGUAUAAUGAAUUCUUGUGUAAUAGCACUAGUAAAAGUAGGGGAAACCCAGCUUUCAAUCAUCUAUGAUUAGAGUGGGUUAAGUUUACCACUCUGAUCUUGUGCUGUUCUUUUAGAUGUAUGAUACUAAAUGCACUUGGAUUGAGCUGUGUUAAAUGAGCUUAUUACACACAGGUCAGGGGUGGGGCUAAUCAGUUCAGCUGAAAAAAUGUGAAUAAAUUAAAUCAAACUAAAAAAACAGAGCAUUCUAGAUUUUCACUGCUGUUUAAGUUUUUUUUAAAUAGGAAUCAAGUCCUCUGUGCUUGUCUGUUUGCUAGGAGCAAUUUGAGAAACUUACUGUUUUUGAAAUGCAUGCAUGUUACAAGAUGAGUCUCAGCUAGAAAAAAAUUAAAUUUGUGUACAUCAUUGUUUAAAGUU